AAAUAUUGAUUACUACCUAAUAGUUGACCUAGUAGCUCAUUUUAUAGCUCUAUAGAAUGGCAGCCUAUCCCCCAGCCGGUCGGUCAGUCCUUUCCACACAAGUGGAGCUCCAUAUCUCUUGUAAAGACCUGAGGAAAGCAGACGCUCUCUCCAAAUCAGACCCCCUGACAGCCGUGUACACCCUCUCCCCCACCAAAGCCUGGACUGAAUAUGCACGCACGGAGCUCAUCAAGAACAACCAGAGUCCACAGUUCACCAAGGCCAUUGAGAUUGAGUAUCGGUUUGAAGAGUUGCAGAAAUUGAAGUUCACCAUUUAUGAUUUAGACAAUGCCACCGUCUCCCUGGGUGACGAUGACUUCCUCGGAGAGAUUGAGUGCAGUCUGGGAGAGAUAGUGAGUACUGGGUCGUACACAAAGCCGCUGUGUGGGAAGGGAGGCAAAAAGGGUCAAGGAACGAUCACCAUUCGGGCUGAAGAGAUAUCUCAGAACCAGCAGCAAAUGGUGGAGCUCAGUUUCUCAGGGAAAGGCCUCGACAAGAAGGACUUCCUAGGAAAGUCUGACCCCUACCUGGAAUUUGAGAAGGGUAACCCUGAUGGCUCAUUCACCUCAGUCUACAAAACUAACUACAUCAAGAACACUCUGGACCCUCAUUGGCCGCCAUUCACUGUUAACUCACAGACACUGUGCAGCAGCGACUCCCAGCGUCCCAUCAGGGUGAAAUGCUUUGACUGGGAUGCAGACAGUAGCCACGAUUUGAUUGGUCAGUUUACUACAACACUUGCCGAGCUAACAGCCGAUGGUUCUGCCAAUCUGAGCUGGCCACUCAUUAACCCGUCCAAACAAGCCAAGAAGAAGAAGUACAGCAACUCUGGAACCGUCGUCCUCAACAAAAUCAAGAUUACUCCCUGCUACUCUUUCCUGGAUUAUAUAUUCGGUGGCUGUCAGAUAAACUUCACCGUGGGUGUAGACUUCACAGGCAGUAAUGGUGACCCGUCCCACCCCUCGUCCCUGCACUACAUUGACCCCGCCCAUCCCAACGAGUACACACAAGCACUCUUCUCUGUCGGCUCAAUCUGUCAGGAUUAUGACACAGACAAGUUGUUUCCUGCCUUUGGCUUUGGGGCAAAAAUUGGUGACAAAGUGUCCCAUGAGUUUCCUCUCAACGGGAACUGGGAGAACCCAUACUGCAUGGGGAUCCACGGAGUCAUCCAGGCUUAUCAUCAAGCCUUGACGACAGUGAAGCUGUAUGGACCUACCAAUGCCGCCCCUAUCAUUAACCAUGUGGCUCACUUCGCUGAAACAGCUGCACAGGACCCAAACAAUCAGCAAUACUUUAUCCUGCUCAUGAUCACGGACGGUGUUCUCUCAGACAUGCAGGAAACAAAGUGUGCUCUGAUCAACGCCUCUCGUCUACCUAUGUCCGUCAUCCUCGUAGGGGUGGGUGGAGCUGACUUUUCGGCCAUGAACGAGCUUGACUCGGACGAUAAAUUAUUGCGUGUGGCUGGUCUAGUGGCUGAGAGGGACAUCGUUCAAUUUGUUCCUUUCCGACAGUUUGCAGCGGCUAGCCCUGAGGCAAUGGCUGCAGUCGUAUUGGCGGAGAUCCCGGGACAGCUGACUGAGUACAUGAGGAAGAAGGGCAUCGAGCCGAGGGGGCGGCCACAAUGACUACAAUAGUCACCCGACUAAAAUGUAUUUUUGUAAAUUAGUAGAUUUUCCCCACAACUAGCCUGAUCAAAGUGUCUUAUAGUGACUAGUAUUUGUAGUAUUCGUGUUUCUAUUGAUUGUUUGUGUCUAGAAUCAUCCUACAAGUCACUUUCAGUAUGCCGCUUUUAGCA